UCACUUACAAUGCUGGGGCCACCGCGUGCGAGAAAGGCGGGCAGUGGCAGCGGGCCCUGUCGUUGCUCGGCAGUAUGAUGGAGGCGAGCCUGGAGCCCAGCAUCAUCAGCUACAGCGCCGGGAUCAGCGCAUGCGAGAAGGCGGGGCAGUGGAGACAGGCAUUGCUGCUGCUGGGCGAGCUGCAGGAUGCGAGGCUGGAGCCCAACGUCAUCAGCUACAGCGCUGCGAUUAGCGCGUGCGAGAAAGGAGGACAGUGGCAGAUGGCCCUGUCACUGCUCCUCGAGCUCCGAAGCGCGAAGCUCGAGCCCGAUGCGCCCCUCCCUUUUUCUGUUACAACGCUGGGAUCGGCGCGUGCGAGAAGGGCGAGUUGUGGGCGACGGGCUGAGCGCCGAGCGUAGUCCGAGGUCCCCAUCAGCUACAGCGCCGGGGUCAGCGCGUGCGAGAAGGAAGGCCAGUGGCAACAGGCCCUUUCGCUGAUCGGCGAGGUGCGGGAGGCGAAGUUGGAGCCCACGGUCACCAGCUACAACGCUGGGAUUAGCGCGUGCGAGAAGGGCGGGCAGUGGCGGCAGGCCCUGUCACUGCUCCGCGAGAUUCGGGCUUCCAAGCUGGAGCCUGACGUCAUCGGCCUCUGCGUCGUCCGAGGACCUCCGAGUAAGU